AUGAGGAAUAUCUCAGUAUUUGUCACUCUCACCUUUGAAGGUCUAUUCUCUGAUUUAUUAUUACUACAGCUUCUGUCCUAUCUGCUUAAUUUCGCUAACAAAUAAACAAGCAAGCAAGCGAGAUAGCAAUCAAAUCAAUAAACUAAUAAACACUUAUUAAUUUAUAGAUUUGUGACUAUCUCCUUAGUCUUCAAUAGCGCUAGCAACUUACUAGAGAUACAAAAUUUUAAAAACAUUUCUUUUAAACUUUCUAUAGAAACUUAUUAAGGUCUUAUUUUAUUUAAUUGCAAAUUAAAAGACAAUUGUGAUAUAUGA